GCACAUUUCUUUCGUCCUUCACAUCGUUGGCACCGCCACAGUAGCCAAAGUGAAUUAUCUAAGGCAAUACAUCGACGAUAUCCGCAGGAUAAUCGAGGAGAAAAUGUCGCUCAAUCCGAACGGGUAUAAACUGUCCGAAAGGACGGGCAAACUGACGGCAUAUGAUCUCAUGCCCACAACAGUGUCUGCCGGACCGGAGACACAGGAGUUCCUGCUGAAGGUAGUCGAUGUGCUAUUGGAUUUCGUAAAGGCCACCAAUGAUCGAAAUGAGAAGGUACUGGAUUUCCAUCAUCCAGAGGACCUGAAGCGUUUGCUGGACCUGGAGGUGCCCGAUCGGGCCUUGCCGCUGCAGCAGUUGAUCGAGGACUGUGCCACCACAUUGAAGUACCAAGUGAAGACGGGACAUCCACACUUCUUCAAUCAGUUGUCCAAUGGACUCGAUCUGAUCUCCAUGGCUGGCGAGUGGCUGACGGCCACGGCCAAUACCAACAUGUUCACAUACGAGAUCGCCCCAGUGUUCAUUCUUAUGGAGACGGUGGUGCUGACGAAGAUGCGCGAGAUCAUCGGUUGGUCCGGCGGCGAUUCCAUCCUGGCGCCCGGUGGCUCCAUUUCGAAUCUAUACGCCUUCCUGGCGGCCCGGCAUAAGAUGUUCCCCAACUACAAGGAGCAUGGCUCUCGGGGAUUGCCCGGAAAUUUGGCGAUGUUCACCUCGGACCAGUGCCAUUACUCGAUCAAGUCAUGCGCCGCCGUCUGCGGCCUGGGCACCGACCACUGCAUUGUGGUGCCCUCGGAUGAGAAUGGCAAGAUGAUUACCUCGGAGCUGGAGCGAUUGAUCCUCGAGCGCAAGGCCAAGGGCGACAUACCCUUCUUUGUCAAUGCCACCGCUGGAACCACUGUCCUUGGGGCUUUCGAUGAUAUCAACACCAUCGCGGACAUUUGCGAGAAGUACAACUGCUGGAUGCACAUCGAUGCUGCUUGGGGCGGCGGUCUGUUGAUGUCUCGCAAGCAUCGUCAUCCCAGAUUCACUGGCGUUGAGCGCGCCGAUUCGGUCACCUGGAAUCCACACAAACUGAUGGGAGCUCUACUGCAGUGCUCGACCAUUCAUUUCAAGGAGGAUGGCCUCCUCAUCAGCUGCAACCAGAUGUCGGCGGAGUAUCUGUUCAUGACCGAUAAGCAUUAUGACAUUAGCUACGACACUGGAGACAAGGUGAUCCAGUGCGGACGCCACAACGACAUCUUCAAGCUGUGGCUGCAGUGGCGCGCCAAGGGCACCGAGGGCUUCGAACAGCAGCAGGACCGCUUGAUGGAGUUGGUCCAAUACCAGCUGAAGCGCAUUCGCGCCCAGUCCGAUCGCUUCCAUCUGAUCCUGGAGCCAGAGUGCGUCAAUGUAUCGUUCUGGUAUGUGCCCAAGCGGCUGCGGGGAGUGCCCCAUGAUGCCAGAAAGGAGACAGAGUUGGGAAAGAUCUGUCCUAUUAUCAAGGGACGCAUGAUGCAAAAGGGCAGUCUGAUGGUGGGCUAUCAGCCUGACGAUCGACGACCCAAUUUCUUCCGUUCGAUCAUCUCAUCGGCUGCCGUCAACGAGGCGGAUGUGGACUUUAUGCUGGAUGAGAUCCAUCGUUUGGGCGAUGAUUUGUAAGCGGUUCUCAGGAUGGAAUGAUAAUGGUAGAUCAUACAAAAAGCAUAUCAAGGAGACCGCGAAACGAAUGAAGAAAGAUCAUCAGAGUUCAAUGUUGAAUGUAAAUUUGUUUGUAUGUAUCUAUAAAGUGUUACUAGCAGUUCCUUUUCCGAUUCUCCAUUCCGUUACUGUUAUACGUUAACCGUUAUCCCAGUGUGUGGGCCAGUGUUGGAAAUUUUCAUAUAAUCAAAACCUGUUAAUGCGAGCGUUUGUUUUUUUUUUUUGGUAAAACUAUAUCUAAAACCGAUAUUAAAAUCGAAAAAGAUUCAAGAAAACUAUAAGUAUACAAUAUUUGAAUAUCUAUAUGUACCACCACAACACGCACCACCAGAAAACACGGAACACGGUCCCAUAAACCCACAUAAUACCUAUGAAACGAUAUACAUAUAUUUACUGUUGGAAAAUACUGUUGAAUGGUUAAUCGAACGCUAUCUUAACAUAUCAGGAAGAUGAAGAAGGAGAGGGUUCCGUUUGAUUCGUUAUGUUAAUCGUUUGAUCUAUUUUGCGGAGAGAAAAGUUACCUACUAUACUCGUAUAGAGACGUUGAUCUAUGGCCAUGCGUACCUUUAUAGAGAGACCUGUGCUUGUUACUUAAGAAGAAACUGAAAGAGGAUCUGGGGACCCCCACAUCCUUAGAUCGUAUCUAGUCCAAUUAUCGAACUGUGCUAUAUACUCGUCUAGAGAAUUAAAUACGUAUAAACGAAUUAGUUGGAGUUUAGUUUCCCAUAUCCAAAAAGUCAAUUAAACUCAAUUACAAAUGUUGGACUGCCUAUUCUUUUCUAUGAGUUUCCAUAUUCUUUCAAAUUCUGUUAGUCCAAAGGAAGGUAUAGGAAAAGUCAGAGAAGGGAUUCGAGACCACUCCAUGUACACAACUCAGACAAAUCAUAUACUACAACAAAAGAACACGAAUCGUUUGUCAAUUCAAUAUAAAUAAAGAUAAAUCAGAUCAAAGAUAAAGGAUAUAUAUUAUACAUAUGUAUUGUAUUUUAAAUGUGUUUUAACUAAGUUUAUCCAGUACAAGAGAUAUACUAUGUGUAGAUCAGAUAUUGGUAUAUAUAUCAUGAGUCUCAUUUAAUGUAUGUUUAAAUUAUUGUAUAUGUAUGUGCAGAUCCCAAAACAAGAGCAAAACAAGAAUUAUUCCAACAUAAAAAUAUAAUUAUAA